UUUAGUCACAAUAUAGAUAAGUUUUUCCUACAACCGUCAUGUUUGAAGCAACUAAACACCGCCCACCACACUGGAAGUUAACACUGCUUGGCAGGUGUGCGGUUGAUGAGAAACCCGUCACUGUGUUGCUACCAGGAGCUGCUGUUACAUUCAUUUAAUGAUGGGAAUUUCUCCUCUAACUCUCUGCAGUGUUUUACUGUUUGUGGGAACUGUCACCGGAGAGCAUCAGGCAGUUUGUCCGAAUCCAACAAUGGAGGCAAAACAAGGCGAUGACGUCAUUCUACGUUGUUUUUUGGAGCCCGAGUUCAACUUGUCUGCUUCCACAGUGGAUUGGAGCAGAGUCGACCUCUACAAGCGACCUCCAGUCCACGUAUAUCGAAGUAAAAAGGACGAUCCUAGAGCACAGAUGGAUCGAUACAGAGACAGGACGACUCUCAACCACAAAGAGCUGAGCAGAGGAAACGCGGACCUGCUGAUCUCCUCAGUACAACCGUCUGACAGCGGGUCGUACGAAUGCUACAUCCCAAAACUGAAGGUUGGUUGCACCAUCGACCUCGCUGUCGAAAAAGAAAACCAGCAGAGCACAACUGGACCUCCAGAGGAAGACAGGGAACCUCACAGGAAAGUUCCCGUUGCUGCCGUUGCUGCUGGUCUUGUUGUUGUUGCUGCUGUUGUUGUUGGUCUGAUUGUUUUCCUGGUGAAACGUGGGAAGAUCCAGAUUGGUUAGAAGACACAAAAAGCAGAGACAACAAGCACCGAAAUGAACAACCUGAUGCCCCAAACAACAACAACAACAACAACAACAACAACAACAACAGACCAACACAAUGCUGCAGGAAACGUUCAGAGAGAGUCGGUGGUUGAUAUUGGCGAGUAAAGUCGUUGCUGAUCUUAAACUCUGAGUUAAUUUGGUCCAGAAGUGCCGUGUUGAGAAAACAGCAUCAGCUCAAAUCUUCCCCUAAUUCCAGCUCUUAUUGUUCAGAGGCACUUCUAUCAAAAGUAAACAGAAACGAUGUUUAAAAUGAGACCGAUCCAAAUGAGAAAGGAUGAAAUAAAGGGAGGAGUGUGGAGGGAACAUUUAGUCACAUGUUUCAAUCUCUGCCAGUGUUUAAUUCACUCUGAUAUUAGUCUUAAUGCUUCUGUCUCUCUGUUACCAACUUAUUCCAGCGCUCUUGUAUUUAAAACGCUCUUUCUUUACUCCUGUUCUCACAAUAUGAGCCCGACUGGAAGCAACUGGGAGCAAACUCAACAAUCACAAGUGAUUAAUAGAUUAUAAUGAUCAAUUAUCGUGCACAAGUUGUUUGGGUCUCCUUCAAUAUGCACAUUGUAAACAUUUCUCAGGUCCCAGAAUAAAUUAUUUGAAUAUAUCUAUAUUUAUAUGUCACUGUUAUUUAAUUGACUGGAGGUGACAGACGGUGAAAGAAAGUAUCUCUGAGACUGCGUCUGAUCAAAUUAGGGUUGAUUUCAUUUAAUUUAUUUAAGUUUAAAAACCACUGAGCUAAACAGUUUUAACUUUAUUGAUAAGGUUUUUAUGACUCAUCUCAACCAGUUCAGAUUACUGUAAUAAUGUCUUCGGCUGUUUAUUGAUUAUUGAUCAACCUGUUAGCCUCCCAACUACAAGCUAAAUUAAUUUAAUAAAGUAAAAUUAAACUUUUAAACCUGUUUACGGUCUGUAAAUGUUUAUGUUUAUGUUGUCAUAUUGUUGUUUAUGUGUGAUCUUUUGUACAAUGUCAGCAUUAUGAAACUUUCCCUAAAGCUUUAUAUCAAUAAAUCUAUAUUAAAUAUAUCUUUAAAUGAA